AUGAGUCAUCGCUCCACUGGCCUCGACUCCACGUCUCGUGCACUGUGGUGGUUUGUGAGUCGACAGCACAAGUGCGCACACAAUUUUAAAUCCCACCAAUCCUUCCAAUCGAUCUGGCCACGCGGCACGGACGCCUAUUUACUUGCUGGACAGUUGGCUCGGCUCACUUCACAGUUUUCUUCUCUCAACUGCCGACCAGCCGCUUUACCGUCGCCUCUCGACCUCGCCACGCACUCACUCAGUGCG